AUGGCCCCGAUCGCACUUGACCAGGCUACUGACCAGCCGGGUCUGCACAAAGGCGUCAUGGCACAGCCAAGCAUCAGCGAGACAGGAGAAAACAUUCGUCUCGCUGCGAGGGACGGUGCAUACGACAAGCAGACAUCGGGCGCCGCUCCCACCUAUGUGCAGGCAAAUCUCAUAGCCAUGCCAUCGAAGUUUGCCGCGGAUUUCAGGUUGUUGUGUCAGAGGAACCCCGUCCCGUGUCCCCUGCUGGCCGAAUCCACGGAAGUCGGGAGAUGGGAUGAGCUGAAAUCCCACGUGCCUGGCUUGAAUGGAAAAGAUAUGGCGAAGGACCUCGACCUGCGCCAUGACUUCCCGAAGUACAUGGUUUAUGAAGACGGCCAGCUGGCGAGAUCUCACUGUGGUGACAUUGGCGACGUGUGGACCGAAGACCAUGUCGGCUUCUUGAUCGGGUGUUCGUUCAGUUUUGAAGCCGCACUCACAGCCGCAGGCCUGAUGCCGUCCCACAUCGCGCAUGGUAGGAAUGUACCCAUGUACCGUACAAGUCUCCCUCUGUGCCCCGCGGGUGUCUUCAGUCAGUCCACAUAUGUGGUUUCGAUGAGACCGUACCGAAAAAAAGACAUCCCAAAGGUGCGAGACAUCACGCGCGUAUAUGUCGCAACCCACGGCGAGCCCCUCGACUGGGGAUGGGAUGCCGUCACCCGGCUUGGGAUCAAGGACAUCAACAAGCCGGAAUUCGGGGACAGCCCCGUCUUGCCUGACGGUUCGCUUCUGACUCCGGGCGUUGGAGGUGGUGAGUCUGAGGAAUAUGUCCCUAUCUUCUGGGGAUGUGGCGUCACGCCGCAAGAGGCAGUCAGACAAGCUGGUCUAGAGGGUCCUGUCAUUGGGCAUGCUCCGGGACACAUGAUCGUGCUGGACAUAAGGGAUUGGGACAUUGUCCCAAGCAUGUGA